GCGGGAUCGAGGCGGCACUGCGUCUGCUGGCGUUGUCCGCAGUGCUGUGGAGUCCAUCGCCGGCGUCCAAGAGCAGCUACCCCAGGCUAAGGCUGUCUCACAAAGAGCUGUGGCAUCUGAACAGAACCUGGUUCUUUCACGGUUCCCUGGGUCCCCUGGGUCUGCGCUCCAUGCUGCUGGACGAGUACCAGGAGAGGCUCUUCAUCGGAGGCCGAGACGUUCUGUACUCACUGAGCCUGGACCGCGUCAGUGUGGAUCACAGAGAGGCGUUUUGGCCGAGCACCGACACGCAGGUUGAAGAAUGUCUAAUGAAAGGCCGAGAACAAGCUGAAUGUGCCAAUUACAUCAAGCUCCUUCACCACUACAACAAGACCCACCUGCUAGCUUGUGGCACGGGGGCGUUCGACCCCGUGUGUGCCUUCGUCCGUGUCGGCCGGUGGCCAGAGGACAAAGUGUUGCGGCUGGAGGCUGAUCACGUGGAGAACGGACGGGGAAGGAGUCCCUUCGACCCCAAUGGCUCUUGUGUCUCCACCCUUUCCAGAGGAGAGCUGUAUGUGGCACUUUACACCGACUACUGGGAGAACGAUAGCCUUCUCUGUCGCCUGGGCAACAGCAGCUACACCAGGACUGAGAGGAACGACAAGCAGCAGCUGAAUGAGCCGAAGUUUGUUGGAUCUGCCGUUAUUCCGGACAAUGACGACGAGGACGAUGAUAAAGUAUAUUUCUUCUUCACCGAGAAAGUGCCGGACGCGGAAAGUGGGAACAGUGCUGUUUACGCCAGGAUCGGGAGAGUGUGUGCUAAUGACGUUGGUGGUCGGAGGAUGCUGGUCAACAAGUGGACCUCCUUCCUCAAGACACGCUUGAUCUGCUCGGUCCCGGGACCCAGUGGGAUUGAUACACACUUUGAUGAGCUGGAGGACGUAUUUGUGCUCACAAAGAAGGACGAAAAGGACCCUGAGAUAUUUGGCCUCUUCGGCACAACAAGCAACGUGUUCCGAGGGUAUGCCGUGUGCGUGUACGGCAUGGAUGACAUCCGGGCUGUUUUCAGCGGGCCGUACUCCCAUCGGGAGGGGCCCGAGCACCGCUGGAGCCCGUUCACUGGGAGAGUCCCAUUCCCCCGUCCUGGAUCUUGUGCCAGCAGGGUGAACGGUGGCACCUUCUCCAGCUCCAGGGAUUUCCCGGACGAGGCCCUGCGGUUCGUGCGAGACCACCCCACCAUGUUCCAGCCCGUCCUUCCCCUGCACCGACGGCCCGUCCUGCUCCAGACAGACGGAGAGAGGAGGCUCACGCAGAUCGCCGUGGACAGGGUGGAGGCCGAGGACGGUCACUACGACGUGCUCUUCCUCGGGACAGACAGUUCCGUUGUCCUCAAAGUUAUCACGAUCUACAACAAGGAGACAGACACCAUGGAGGAAGUUCUCCUGGAAGAACUGCAAGUUUUCAAGGUUCCAGUCCCCAUUACAGAAAUCCUAAUCUCUUCUAAAAGGCAACAGCUGUACGUUGGGUCGGAGUUCGGGGUGUCCCAGGUGAGACUUCAUCAGUGUGACCUGUAUGGGCCUGCGUGUGCAGACUGCUGCUUGGCUCGGGACCCCUACUGCGCUUGGGAUGGGCUCACCUGCUCUAGGUACUACCCCAGCGGGCUGAACUCCAAAAGGCGCUUCCGAAGGCAGGACAUUCGUCACGGAAAUGCCAUUCAGCAGUGCAGCGGGCUGCAUAUCAAAGGGGAACACUGGGAGAAAGCCGAUGAGAGGCUGGCGUUCGGCGUGGAGAGCAACAGCACGCUGCUGGAGUGCAGCCCCAGGUCGCCGCAGGCCCAGGUGCUCUGGUUCAAACGCAGCGGUUCAUCCAAGGAUGAGGUCGUGACUGACGACCGGGUCAUCAAGACUGCGCAUGGCCUCCUCUUCUUGCACCUCCGCAAGACUGAUGCCGGGACUUACCGCUGCCUUACCGUGGAGCGCGGAUUUGUCCACGUGCUGGCCACACACGUGCUGGAGGUGCUGCAGGAGGAGCGUGUCGGGGAACUGUCCCAUCGUGCCACCAGCGACCGACACGGGAGGCUCUGUUUGCUCUCAGUCCCUCCACAGAGCCCCAAGGACUCCAAAGUGUGGUUCAAGGAACUUCACCAACUCCUGGACUCGGGCACCUUUCAUGGAGUGGAGGAGUACUGUGAGAAGGUGUGGUGCUCUGAGCGCAAAAGGAAGAGGCUGCAGUCCAUCCAGCCCAGGUGGAAAUAUUCCUCAGCUCUGGAAAGGCAGGGGAGACCGCGAGGUGACCGCCCCAGACUCCCAAGGCACACCCGGGGCUCCUGAAGGGUACUGCAGAUGACCGAGGUCCCAAAAAACUGCAAGAGUUAAUUUGCUGGUGACUUGUCCUUUGACCCAAAGUGGACAGAUCAAUGCUGUCUCAUCUGUGGACAUUCCUAAGGGAGGUGACGGGAAGUGCGUAAGGACUUGACAUUCCAAAACGGUAUACUUUAUACUCUCAGAACCCCUGUGUACGGACAGGGCCAUAGUGUGGGCACAUCUUCUUAUAUCAGCUGCUUCUUUAAAUUAUUCAAAUAGAUGUGUGACGUGCUGUAGGAUAGACAUAUUCACACUCAUAAGCUAAAUAGGCUCAGUGAAAGUGUUGGCAUGAGACUUAUUUAAUUUUAUUCUAAUAUUAUGGAAUAACAUGGAGGCAGUAGGUGGUGUGGUGGCUGGAGCUUCUGUGUUUGUACUCCGAGGUCCCAGGUUGAGAUCCUGCCUCUUGCUGUCAUACCCUUGAGUAAGGUCCUUACUCUGUUUGGUCCAGUAAAAUUACCAAGUUGUAUAAAUAGGUGAAUAAUUGCAAGUAAAUUAACCUUGUAAGAGAAAACCAUCAUCAGCUGAAUGAAUCAUUGUAAAUUGUCCAAGUUUGUUUUUAGACAGCAGCCUCAGGUCAGCGGUGUGAUGGUAUUCGAUGGAAGGUGUUUUUCUAGCAGGCUUCAUUGUUGACUUUUCCCCCCACUGCUCUUACCUAACAAUGUGGCUAGGGAGCUAAGCAAUGACUAAUACACACUGUCAAAACAAUCCUGAAUAUGCAUGAUGUGAUUUACAACAGCAUCCUCUGGCCCUUCCCCUGCAGCUUCCUACAGUCGCUCAGACUCUGCUUUACUGACUCUGGUAAAGUCAGGAUUUACUACGUGGUAUUUAUUGAAGACAAUUCAACCCUUUUGAAGCAGUUUGCCAGUUGGCUCGAUUAUCUUGUAUUUACAUGUUUGCACUGAAACGUUUUGUUCUUAAACUCCUCUGUGAGCAUGGUUGGCUUGCACUUGCGAUGGUCUGAGUUGCUCGAGCAAAGAUGUUCUACUCAUGUGGAAACUUGUGAACUCUGAAGCUCUGAGCAGAUGUUUAAUGGGCGACUUCCCAGAAUGCCUUGCCUUAAGCAUUUUACCUUUGGACACAAAUAAAUAUUUACCAAAAGGUGCUCUUCACAGUGUCCCUCGUAGGAGUUCUUGGUAACCCUUUCAUUGCUUUUGAUCAGUCUUUAUUGGAGCAUCGUGGACCCCACUUUGGUCACUAUGCCGCUGCCUUUACUAUUAGUAAAGAGAAAAGGUGAGAUGAGAGUUUAAGCAGGAAGCUCCCGUCUGGUGCCAUGUACACAUCUAAGAUCCGUUAUGUAACACCAUCAUCCCACACACACCUUUAGAGUCUGAGCUGCACGAUGCAUGACGAAUGAAAGAAUAAAGGGUCUUCUUUCUGUAAGCAUUUCGGUUGUGGGUAAAUUCACGAAUUGUUGCCCAUUUCGUUUCUUAAUGCCAAACGCUGCCGUGGAGAAUGUGGAGAGGGUGUUUUGAGAGUAUUCAGUAAGUUUGUAUUACUAAGGAAGGAUCUUAAUCUGGA